AUGAUGGACAUGGUUACGAUGCCUGUGCCUGCCCCCGCCCUUCCCCCGGUUCCCGGUUCCGGUAUGGGUCCUGGUAUUGGUCCCGGUAUGGGUCCCAUGGGUCCCAUGGGUCCUACUAUGGGUCCUGGUAUGGGUCACGGCAUGGCUCCCGUUAUGGGCCCGGGUUCGGGCCCUGGCCCCAUCCCCGCUCAAAAUCAUCAGUGGCGUAGAAAACGAGGAACCUUCAAAUCUAUGCUGUCUGAGAACCUCCCCUUAGAAGAGGCAGCCAAGUUGGAGAUGAAAGAACUCCCUUCAAAGACACCGGUUUCGGUGCUCCAAGAAUUAUUAAGUCGGAGAGGAACAACACCCACUUAUGAGCUGGUCCAAAUUGAGGGGGCUAUACAUGAACCUACAUUCCGAUACAGGGUUACUGUGGCAGAUGUUGUUGCUUUGGGCACAGGACGUUCAAAGAAGGAAGCAAAGCAUGCUGCAGCUAAAGCUGUUUUGGACAAAUUGAUCGGUGGACAGAAUGAGGGAAUGGUCAAUAAUACCACUGCAAACAUACCUGAUGUACAAAUAGUUUCGCCGUACGAUGAUAAGAUCCCGGGUAAUCCAAUUGGAACUCUUCAAGAACAAUGCAUGUCUCGCCGGUGGCCGCCUCCAAUUUAUGAAAUGGAGAGUGAAGAGGGACUGCCUCAUGAGCGCCAGUUUACAAUUGCUUGCAUCAUUUUGAACCAUAAAGAAAUCGGUUGUGGCAAAUCUAAGAAGUUAGCCAAACGCCAAGCAGCACACAAGAUGCUGGACAAAUUGGAAGAUUCCUCAAUGGAACACAACAAUGCGCGCAUGGGUUACAAUGAGGAUGAAGAUGAGAUCUCUCAAAGAGUGUCAAACGUGGCGAGCCGAUUUGCAGGCCUGAAAGAUAAUAAAUUCAGUACAAUGACUGCAAUGUUAAAUGUGAAGGUGUCUCAGUUCCACAAGAACAUUAAAUGCUCGACCGGGCCCAAGCUUGAUGAGCUCAAGAAUCAACCCCUGAACCAGCCUGACUUCAACUACGUAAAGUUCCUUCAGGAAAUUGCUGCCGAACAAGAAAUUGAGGUAUCUUAUAUUGACAUUGAAGAGAAAUCCAUGACAGGCAAGAUGCAGUGCUUGAUUCAACUCUCCACAUUACCUGUUGCUGUUUGCUAUGGGGCUGGUCACACAUCGAAGGAAGCGCAGUCUGCAGCAGCUCAAAAUACACUGGAGUACUUGAAGAUUUUGACAAAGUUGUGAAGAGACAACCAGUACACGGGUGGUGAUUUCUGUGUCAGCUUUUCAUUCAUGUUUGCUUGCCCCAAUCUGUGAGGCUGUCCAAACUUAUUACACUCCUCUAGACUUGAUUAAGUCUUAUCAGUCAGUUCAAGUUUAUGUUUUCCUUAUUUGACAGCAAUCACCAUUAGCACAUGUAGGGUUGAUAGGCUCUCAAGCCUACAGCAACCGUGUUUGGGACAGAAGUUUCAAUUUUCUAGAAUUGUGAUUUUGGAUAUUGGUUAACCGUUCACUUAUUUUUCAUUGUUUGUGGCUGAAUGGAAGUUGUUGCUCGUAUAUUGGCUUUCUCUUCCGUUUGGGAAACGUCACUCCAUGCAAGGUAUCUCACUACCACUAUGCAUGCACAGGGGUUGUGCGGGCGGAGCGUCUAUGGACGCACUUAUCCGGCGUGCUCUCCUUUUUUAUUAAUGGCCAUGCUGCAUGCCAAGAAUGUGGCCGGGCCCUUUCGGUCAGUAGACGCUUCACAUCAUAAUACAGGUUUCAAGCAAAACAUUAAGGCUUACUUUUAAUUGAAGCCUUUUUUUUUAAAUUAUUGACAACUACUAUGUUUUAGGCUUUAACCAAAAUUUCCCUUUUAUUAAUUUUUUGGUAAAAUGAAUUGUUUUUUAUGUUUUAGGGAUUUGUCUUGCCUGUAUUAGCUCUGAACUGUGUUUACUGAACGGAAUGGCCCUUUGGACCCCAAUCAAUUUACAGUACAAGCUAUACUUUGCAUAGAAUUAGUGGAGUUUUUCCGUGAACUCUGAUAACAUUUCAUUUGUCAUUGGUGAAAAAUGCAUAGGUAAUUGUAAGAAAGUGGUUUGCACCAUUGGUAGUUUGACAUCCUCAUUACAAGAGGUAUGGGAUGGUUCUGAAGUUUUGACACACAUACACUUUAUCAAAAAAAUAUAAGGAAAAAAAUCAAUAAAAAAAUGUGGAGAGACCUCUUUAGGAAAAUGGGCAUUUAUUUAAUGCAAAGUAUAGAGGUUGUAAUAUUUGUUUUUUUUUUCUUUUGUACAGUACAGAAUUGUUAUGGUGUAUCUGGGAACUUUAGAAGCUGAGGGAUGGGCUUGGUAGUUUAUACAUGUAUUUUUAAUGUUAUUUGCAUAGUUGCAAUCUAAAGAUCAUCCAUUUUGCAAAGAGUAUCUGAAAUUUAAUUAAAAUAAAUUAUGAAUUUGAACCAGUGGCAAAAUGAACAUGAUGGGCUUUAGGCUGUGGUUAUGCAAAGCUUCAAGACUAAGAUUUAAUGCCCAUUGAAGAUCGUUUGCUCUUCUUGUUCUUAACUUUGCAAAGCAUAAUACUUUAAAGGGUUCAUUUUGAACCUGUGCCAGUUUGCUCUUUUUGUUCUAUUUGUAAGCUGUGAUGAUAUACUUGUAAAAAAAAAGAAUAAAUUUCAUGCUUCUAUUGUUUAUACCUGUCAUGUAUUUAAGUCAUUUUUAUGUAUUGAUUUGUUUGUGAUAUGUGAGGGCCUUAGCUGGGUCUUUUAAUAUUCAGUUUCUUUGUUACCAAUUAUGUUGUUGUGUAGCUGGUAUUGUGGCAUGAGCAUGUGUCUUUGCCCUUAGCUUCUAACGCUCCUGGUACAAUUUUGUUUUACUCUUUUCUGUAGGAAAUACAUUUGUCUAUCAGAAAGUAUUUGAUGUGCUCUGGCUGCACUAAUUUUUGUGGAGUUCUGUUACAUGCACCUUGUGUUUUUCUUUUAAAGUGUCAAAGGCUAGAAAUGUGUCGUUAGUUUUUGUUUGUCUCCCUAAUGUGAAAUCAGUUGUUGUUUUUCCCUCAUCUGUUGUAUGAGGUUCGGUGUAUGAGUUUGUAGCCACAGCACAUCUUUUCUUUGCUAUUUUGGUACUGAGAACCAUUAGAACUUUCCAAUUUAUGGUCUAAGUAGGUAUGUGUGUAUGUAAAUAUAAAAAUAUGUAUUAAUUUAAUGGCAACUAGAAUUGUCAAAAGGAAACAAAGUAACUGUUACUUUAAUCUGUGUUAAUUGGAAAUUUCAUCCAUUACUGGUUAGCAUGCCUAUUUGACUAUCAUACUUUAUCUGAACUGUUUUGUUUUUAUGCAGCCUGAAUUGAGCUUUAAGCUGAUUUGUGACCUACAUUUGAAUCGAUUGUUACUUUAAAAUGUUUGUCACUUCCUGCAUUUUCUUUAUUUCAGAAACCAGUUUGAUCAGUAUUUUUUAAGUUGUUACUACUCCCGUGUGAUGUUAUUUUGUUCUCAUACAUGUUUGAGUUUUGGUGCAAAAUGCACAUUCCGGAACUCAGUCUGUUGUAUGGUCUUCUUACUUUGUUUUUCCUCUUUUUGCUUUCUUUUAAGGAAACAUUGUUGAUGUGCUGGUAACAGUGACCAUGUGAGUGUACUGUAUUUAUUUGUGUAUGUGGAUUUAUUUAUUGACAGUGGCCUAUAAAUUUGCCUCUACAUCAGCUAGAGAGUCAAAGGGAAGUGUAUCUAAUUUUCCUAAUGUACACCUGCUUGCAAAGGAGCUCCUUGUUGAGUGUCAUGAUUGUGUUUAGGUUUUCCUCAUACAUUCUGCAGAACACUUUUCUUUUAUUUAUUUUUGGAGUGAUAGAACUAUUUCAUUAACUUUCAUGUGUGUUUUAGCUGCUCAUUACUUCUAUUUGGUCAAUGUUCAUGAAUGUUCACUUAUUGUAUAUCUCAAUGUAGAACUAGAAAAUUACAACAACAAAAAACACCUAGCAUUUUGACUUUUUUUUUUUUUAAAUCUGGAAUAUUCUAGAUGUGCUGUUUGUGUUUAAAGGAUCUAAAUGUUGUAGUAUGAAUUAAAUAGGUAUGAUGGCUUAGGACCAUUAAUGGAAGGUGAAUCAACUCUCAUUGUUCUUUUCUCUCUUCUGUAUUCAGUGUGAUCUCCAUGAAAAUCGAGCUUGUUUGGGCUUUGUUAUUUAAUCAUGUACCUUGCAGGUGUAGUUGAACCUUUUGUGCUAUUAUUCAUGACCUAUUUACAUUGCACGAUUAUCAAUGUAGUUGUGGAGCAUGACAUAUACUCACGUGUGUAUGUGAUGUGUGACAUGUAAUAUAAUAAGUGUUGUUAAUCAUUCGGUGUACUUGCAGUACAAAUGUAUUUUCCAAAUCAUCACUACAGUGACCAUGCAUAAUUCCAAAUAAAUCUGUACUCCUAAGCAA